GCCUAACUUCAGAUCGUUUCAAAAAGUUGCUUGUAAUCUUUUGGUGUUCGAGUGCAGUGCAAGAGAAAUUAAUAAAAUUUCCACAAUAAUUCGCCAAAUAGGUAGAAAAUUUCUAGUGAAUCAAUAUGCCUGAUCACUUAGGAGAUGAUAUGCGCAAGGUGAAAAGUGAGGAUACGGAAGAGAAGGAAAUAAAAGCUCUCGAUGAAGCUGAUAUAGAGCUGUUGAAGACCUAUGGACAAGGGCAGUAUCACAAGGCGAUAAAGCAAAUUGAGGAUGAUAUCCAGAAGGCAAUUAAGCAGGUGAAUGAGUUGACUGGUAUUAAGGAGAGUGACACAGGACUGGCACCGCCGGCACUCUGGGAUCUGGCGGCGGACAAGCAGACGCUGCAGAAUGAGCAACCUCUCCAAGUGGCUCGAUGCACCAAGAUCAUCAAUGCUGACAGCGAUGAUCCCAAGUACAUCAUCAAUGUGAAGCAAUUUGCCAAGUUUGUGGUGGAUCUGGCAGAUUCAGUGGCGCCCACGGACAUUGAGGAGGGAAUGAGGGUGGGAGUGGAUAGGAAUAAAUAUCAAAUCCACAUUCCACUGCCCCCAAAGAUUGAUCCAACUGUCACGAUGAUGCAGGUGGAAGAUAAGCCCGAUGUCACGUACAGUGAUGUUGGUGGGUGCAAGGAGCAAAUUGAGAAGCUGCGUGAAGUUGUGGAGACGCCACUGCUGCAUCCGGAGAAGUUUGUGAAUCUGGGCAUUGAGCCACCGAAGGGAGUGCUGCUGUUCGGGCCUCCAGGCACAGGGAAGACCCUCUGUGCUCGGGCUGUGGCCAAUCGCACAGAUGCCUGCUUCAUUCGCGUGAUCGGAUCGGAGUUGGUGCAGAAGUAUGUGGGCGAGGGUGCCAGGAUGGUGAGGGAAUUGUUCGAGAUGGCACGCUCCAAGAAGGCCUGCCUCAUCUUCUUCGACGAAAUCGAUGCCAUCGGUGGGGCCAGGUUUGACGAUGGAGCUGGUGGGGACAAUGAAGUGCAGCGUACAAUGCUGGAGCUCAUCAAUCAACUGGAUGGAUUCGAUCCCCGUGGAAAUAUCAAGGUGCUCAUGGCGACAAAUCGGCCAGACACCCUCGAUCCUGCCCUCAUGCGUCCUGGACGGUUGGACAGAAAAGUGGAAUUUGGGCUGCCGGAUCUCGAGGGCAGGACUCACAUCUUCAAGAUUCACGCGAGAUCCAUGUCCGUUGAACGGGAUAUUCGCUAUGAUCUCCUGGCGCGCCUCUGUCCCAAUUCCACGGGAGCUGAGAUCAGGUCAGUGUGCACUGAGGCUGGCAUGUUUGCCAUUCGGGCUCGGCGCAAGGUGGCCACAGAAAAGGAUUUCCUGGAGGCAGUGAACAAGGUCAUCAAGAGCUACGCAAAAUUCAGUGCCACGCCACGCUACAUGACCUACAACUAACUGCAACUCGUGUUUAUUUCACUUCAUUUUUUUUCUAAAAUAUACUGAUAAUAAAAAAAACAAUUGAGUAAAAAAA